CUCGGUGUGCCCAGAAACGCGUUCUCUGCCCCGUCGCCGGGGCCAGGGCCACGUGUGCCUCCUGUGCACAUGCAGAGUACCUUGAGUGGCAAGAGCCCAGGCUCCAGCCCCGUGUGAUGAAACCUGAACCUCUCUCGGAAACGCUACUCCUGCGCUGAUGUCAGCCCCCGGUUUAUGAUGCGACUGCUUUUGUUUCUGGGCGAGCACUUCAGUGUUUUGCUGGUGCGCCGGGAUUGACUGGGGCGCCGUCUCCCAGCACACCUGCUGCAGCCGACUCCAGCGCGGCUGCCGCCCCGGGACAGGCGGGCUUCCCUUUGCUUUCCUUGCCGAUCCCCCCGCAGCCAGCCAUGCAAGGCGAGAGCGGUCCCCCCCAGAGCGGCACCAUGACGGAGUGCUUCGACUGCGACAACUGCAAGGAGUCGCUGUACGGGCGCAAGUACAUCCAGAUGGACGAUGGGCCCUACUGCAUCCCCUGCUACGACGCCCACUUCGCCAACACCUGUGAUGAAUGCAAGGAGCUCAUCGGCCACGACUGCCGGGAGCUGUACUACGAGGACCGGCACUACCACGAGCACUGCUUCCGCUGCUUCCGCUGCGACCGCUCCUUGGCCGACGAGCCCUUCACCUGCCAGGACGAGGAGCUGCUGUGCAACGACUGCUACUGCAGCGAGUUCUCCUCCAAGUGCAUCGCCUGCGAGAAGACCGUCAUGCCAGGGUCCCGUAAGCUGGAGUACAACGGGCAGACCUGGCACGAGCACUGCUUCAUCUGCAGCAGCUGCCAGCAGCCCAUCGGAUCACGGUCCUUCAUCCCCGACAAGAAGGACUACUACUGCAUCCCGUGCUACGAGAGCAAGUUUGCUCCGCGCUGCACUCGCUGCAAAAAGUCUCUGACCAAGGGCGGCGUGACUUACCGGGACGAGCCCUGGCACAAGGAGUGCUUCGUCUGCACCGGCUGCAAGACGCCCCUGGCUGGGCAGCAGUUCACCUCCCAGGACGACAACCCCUACUGCAUCCACUGCUUCGGCAACCUCUAUGCCAAGAAGUGCAGCGCCUGCUUGAAGCCCAUCACAGGCUUUGGCGGUGGCAAAUACGUCUCCUUCGAGGAGCGCCACUGGCAUCACAACUGCUUCAACUGCGCGCGCUGCAACACCUCGCUGGUCGGCAAGGGCUUCAUCCCCGACAAAGAUGAGAUCCUGUGCCGCGACUGCAGCAGCGACCUCUGAGCCCCGCCGGCCGGCCCCGGGGCCCCGGCUGCCCCCCAUCGCGUGUUGGGCUGCCUGGAGGGGUGGAGGAUGACCCCCCGUGGCUGCUCCCCGCUGCCGAGGCUGGAUCUAAGCAAAAAAUAAGGAGCUUCUGUGCCCAUCGUUAUUAACCUUUUCUUUCGCUUGCUAUCGCUCGGGCGCUGGCUGGGCCACGAGCCCCACCUGAGCGCAGGAGCCGGGCAGGGCGGGCCUGGGCUCUGCACGCUGGCGGCACAGCCUCCUUCCUUGCUGCAUGCUGCUGGCUUUCUCCUCCUCCCCUUGCUUUGCCCAGCACCCAGCAGCCUCCACCCGCAUAUGGCUGGGUCUCUCCGGGCUUCAGCUUUGCAGCACAGCCCCUUCCUGCGAUGCUAAUGCAGCCUUUUGCCCCCCUGGGCCGCUCAUGGGUGCUGGCUGCCAGAGCCCUGCUGCGAGGGACUUUGCAUUGGGUCAGCUCUCCCACCCCCUGGGUUCUCCCCACCCUGAUCCCUCCUUCCCAUGCGGCGUAUGCCUGCGUUAGCGGAUGCAGCCCUGGCUCCUGGCGGCGUUUCUGGGCAAGGGCUGCACCCUGCUUGUGAGCUCCCCAGCUCCCCGGGUCAUUCCUCCUCCCAUGGCGCAGCCUGCUUUGGUCUGGCCGAGCUGCUGGCAACAUCCUUGAUGCCCCACGUGCUUGCAAAAGGCACGCAACUGUUGUGCGCACACGGCCUGUGCAUGAGUGCCGCAAGGAGCGUGCCGGGAAGGACCGCGCCGGGGCUGGGCAGAGCAGGAGCUGCGUUCGCAGUAGUCACGGUGGAGGCUGCAGCCCCAGCUGCCUGGGUGGGAGGUGAAGGAUCUGGUCCCCUGUGCUCUCUCCUGCAGGUCCCUUCCAGCCCUAUGGUCCUGUUCUCUGCACCCUCGGGGACUGGGGCGGGGGAGACAAGGGUCUGAGAGCUCCCCUCCGCCGUCACGCCCGCCCUGCACCCUGCUCCGGUGGUCCCCGAGGCGCUCACACCAAGCCCUGCUGCAGCCCCUCCCAGGCAGCCGGACGCUCCCCUGCAUGCGCCUCCCUCGCACACUCCCCGCACGCUUCUGUCCUGCAGCCAUGGCCCACUGGUGCUGCGGGCCCCGCACAGUGUUAUGCAUGCAACUCGCUCCUCUACGGGCAGCCAGGGCCUGGCGGAGCCCCUCGGGUGACAGCUUUGACGCAGGCACGUCGGAGGUGGUGGGUGCUUUGUGUUCUGCCCCGGGGAGCUUCCCAGAGAAGCGCCCUGAGCCCAGCCUCCUCGCGUCUGUCUCUGUACGGCUUUGUGUAAUAAACCUCUUUGGGAC